UCUCUUCUCUUCUCUUCCUUCUCUCUGUUGGUGAAGAAGAAAAGUAUGGAGCCUGCAUCACUCAUUUCAAAUCUUCAACAAGUUCUCAUCACUAAAAGGGAGGAUGGGAAUAGUAUUUCUUCUUGUUCAAGUACAGUUGAUGAGAGUGCGGUUAAGGAUUGUUCAAGGGCAGUUGUGCUUGUCACCAAUGGAGAUGGUAUUAAAUCCCCUGGUCUCACUUCCCUCGUCCAGGCUCUGCUUCGAGAACCUCGUUUCCAUGUUCACGUCUGCGCUCCCCAGUCGGACAAAUCUGUGUCCGGUCACUCUAUGACAGUUCAGGAGACUCUCACUGCCUGCUCUGCUGAAAUUGGUGGUGCUACUGCUUAUGAAGUCUCUGGAACUCCUGCAGAUUGUGUUUCUUUAGCUCUGUCCGGGGCAUUGUUUUCUUGGUCCAAGCCUGUUUUGGUUAUUUGUGGAAUAAACAAGGGAUCAAGUUAUGGUCUGAACAUGUUUCAUUCAGGGGCUGUUGCUGGGGCUAGAGAGGCAUUGUUGUGUGGUGUGCCAGCUCUUUGCGUUUCUAUGAACUGGAAGGAGGAUGUAAGCUGCGACAAUGAUUUCAAGGAUGCGGUCAAUGUCUGUUUACCCAUAAUACAUGCAGCCAUAAGGGAUAUCGAGAAGGGAAUUUUCCCCAAAAGUUGCUUGGUCAACAUAGAAAUUCCCAGUUCUCCCCUGAAAAAUAAGGGUUUCAAAGUAUCCAGGCAGAGUCUAAGGAGGCCUGCCCUGAUCUGGCAAGCAGUCUCAGCAACCAAACACCCUUCCAUUGGCCAUUUCAUGUCCAAUCAGCAAAGCCUUGGCUUUAAGCUUGCACAGCUUGGUCGAGAUGCUUCUGCAGUGGGUGCAGUGCGGUGCUUGAACUCAGACCAAAAGAAUCAGGAGAUUGAAUCAGUUGGGGUUGCAGGAAAACUCAGCUCCCAGAAAACAGUUAAAAAAUACUUCCGGUUAAAGUUCCAGGAGAUGGAGCAGGGCAAAGCAGAUGAGGAUCUAGAUUUCAAAGCUGUUGAAAAUGGAUUUGUUGCAAUCACCCCUCAUUCUUUAUCCUCAUAUUCACUGCCUGGGGUUCAAACAUGGAUAUUGAAUUGGAUUAACUUUCACUUCCCUGAGAAUAUACUUCUUUCUUCAUGAAACUUAGGAUUCUCUGCUAUUUGUUUUUUUUUUUUUUUUUGACUAAUUCCAACGUCCAUGUUAACCACAUUUAUCUUGGUUGCAUGGUAUACAAUGAACAAGUAUAAACUAUAGUUCCAAUCCUAAUAGUUAUAAUAAUGUUAGCGAAUUUAAUGGGUUA